AUGGCGAAUCUAAAUGCUCCCGUGACAAAUGGGUCGCACAACGGACAGCUGGACCUGGACCAAGAACGCAGACGCUGGUUCGCUGAUUAUGAGGCAAUCAAAGCCCGCUUCGAGGCAGAAAAGGAAACCGUUCGAUCGAGAUUCCUUCAGCAACAGCGUGACGCAUGUACUGACCUGGACGACGAGGCUCGCUACGCCGACUUGCCAGGUCUCCCUCAAAAGGCCCGUGACCUUAUCCAGAAGUACCAGGGUGAGCUUCGAUCCCACCGCUGGGCCGCUUGCCAGCAUAGAUUCGAUGACGAGGAGAAGGACCGGACAAGGCGCGAGAAGGACGCUCUGCGAGAACAUCACAUGGUUUUCCCUGUCCCAGUCUUUUCCGAGUGCGGCUUACGCCUCAAGUGCGGCGCCAUCGGGACGGCCUUCGGUGACGGUGUCAAGCCAGACAUCGCCCACUGGACGCGUCGCACUGCCAUCAGACAUCUUGGCCCGUCGUUCCCCUUCGAGCUCAAUGACGAACACGAUCUCGCAAGCACGUCAGCCACUGUCCCAAGGUGCUAUGAUGUCUUCACACACUACGCAGCCUAA